AUGGACUACUCGGCUGCUCUUCCCGAUGAGCCUGGUCCGGGUCACUCUCCAUGGGCAUCUUCACCUCAGCAUAAUCGCACCAGCUUUGGCGCCAACACGGAUGUUCCCUCCUCUCCACUGCCGGCACAGUCGCCAUACGGAGACGAUAGGCAGGACGGAGGCUUCAUGGGGGACCAAGAUACCCGCAGCACGUCGAGCCAUAAUGAUACCUUUGGCGAGAAUGGACGUGUGGAACAUCAGGACUUAACGCAACAACCACUGUCCCAACAGCAGCCUAAUUUGGAGCAGCAACAGAGACAGGGCCCGGAAAGAUAUCAUGGUGCCAGGGCCAGGCAAAGCCUGCCUCAAUACAAGCUUCAGGCAAAGGUUACAGGAUUAGAACGAACAGCGCGCAAAGAUCCUAUAUUUAGAUUCGACGUUUACACCAACCUGCCCAAGUUCCGCACCACACAAUUCCGUGAUGUUAGGAGAAUGCACUCAGAAUUUCAAAAACUGGCCGACCAUCUUAUAUCCGCGAAUCCAGAGGCACUCGUGCCUUCCCUUCCUCCUCCUUCAACCUCCGCAGGUGUUGGUACCGAUGAAGAUGAGGCGCGAGUGAAAGCGUCAAUACAAAGAUGGCUGAACACCGUCUGUGGAAAUGAUGUGCUCAUGCGCGACGAGGAAAUGAUGUUCUUUGUACAGAAUGACCCUGGUUAUAGCCCCGUGGUAAAGCGCAAACAACCAGCAACGGGUGUGCGAAGAAAAGUCAUUAAACAAUUCGCACCUCCUCCAGAUGAUACGCCUGAGCUAGCUGAAGCAAGGCCUGUAGUCAAGCUUUAUUACCUGGGAACCAUGGAUACCGGGCAGAAGAUGGAAAAGCUUGUGAAGCAAAGAAGAAGUCUUGGUCUCGCGGAAGCUGACCUUGGUGUCAAGAUGGGACAGAUGCAUGUACAGGAGCUCCAUCCAGGCCUCGCAAACGCAUACCGCAAACUCGGUAAGGUCAUCCAAGCGACUGGAGACUUUCACGCCGCACAAGGUACUGCGGAAGCCACAACACUUGGAGAUCCACUUCAAUACCAGUCUGCAGACGCUUUCAUCGUCAAGGAAACCCUCACAAACCGCCACAUCCUCCUCCGCGAACUCCUCCAAGCUCAACAAGCCACCCGUUCAAAACUCUCCGCGGCAGACCGCCUCAAGGCCUCUAGUAGCGUCCGCCGCGACAAAGUCGACGAGGCCAUCUCCGCGCUUGACGAAGCCAAAAGCCACGAGCAAUAUCUGACGCAGAAGUCGGAGCGCGUAACCAAGAAUUUGGUCCAGGAACGCCGCAAAUGGUUCGCACGCACCGCAGCCGAUCUGCGCUCCGCUAUACGCGAGUACGUGAUUCGCCAAAUCGAAGCGGAGCGUCGUACGCUCGCCACCCUUGAACAAGUACGCCCUGACAUCCGCUCAAUAGACGCCUCGGGCGGUCUAUCGCGUCUCGGCCGCGAAGCUCACCCUGCCCAAAGACGCGCCAACUUGGCCAGUAGCCAAGGUCCUAAGGGUGAUGCAUGGAGCGGUGUACCCAGGAGGCAGGAUGGGCUGAAUCGCAGUAUGAGUGGCAGCUUUACGUCUCCCAUUGAAGACGAGGAACAGGAGCAGGUCACGGAGGCGGGCAGAAAACGGGCGAGUAGUGGUGCAGGCAGUCUGUCGGGGGUCCAAGAGGAAGAUGAUGAUCGUGUCGAUGCUCGUAACGCAGCGAGUCGUUUAGCUACGACGACGUUUUAA